GGCUGAGUCUGAGCCAUGAGGGCGCUGGAUGCACUACAGCGCCCAGGGUACAAUGCGGGGCCUGGUCUGUGCCCUGCCCCAGGUCACUGCGUGCAGGUUCUGGCUGGAGAAGGAGCUGCUACUAUGUUGCGGAGCGGCUGCGGGCGGCUGAGAGGGUGCUUCUACUACCUGCACGGCGCUCUGCGGGCCCCCGCCAAGAGCGGUCGCCGGAGCUUGGUCUCCUGCAUAGAUCCUUCCGUGGGACUGAAUGAAGAGCAGAAAGAAUUUCAGAAAGUGGCCUUUGACUUUGCUACCCGGGAGAUGGCUCCAAAUAUGGCAGAGUGGGACCAGAAGGAGUUGUUCCCAGUGGAUGCAAUGCGUAAAGCUGCUCAGCUCGGCUUUGGGGGAGUCUAUGUACGAACAGAUGUAGGUGGGUCUGGACUGUCACGGCUCGAUACAUCUGUCAUCUUUGAGGCCUUGGCGACAGGCUGCACCAGCACCACAGCCUAUAUAAGCAUCCACAACAUGUGUGCCUGGAUGAUUGAUACCUUUGGAAAUGAGGAACAGAGGCACAAAUUUUGCCCACCGCUCUGUACCAUGGAGAAGUUUGCUUCCUAUUGCCUCACUGAACCAGGAAGUGGCAGUGAUGCUGCCUCCCUUUUGACCUCAGCGAAACGACAAGGAGAUCAUUACAUCCUCAAUGGCUCCAAGGCCUUCAUCAGUGGUGGAGGUGAAUCAGACAUCUAUGUGGUCAUAUGCCGAACAGGAGGACCAGGCCCCAAAGGCAUCUCCUGUAUAAUUGUGGAGAAAGGAACCCCUGGCCUCAGCUUUGGCAAGAAGGAAAAAAAGGUGGGGUGGAAUUCACAGCCAACCCGCGCCGUGAUCUUUGAAGAUUGUGCAGUGCCCGUUGCCAACAGAAUUGGAAAUGAAGGACAGGGCUUCGUCAUUGCCAUGAAAGGACUGAAUGGAGGGAGGAUCAAUGUUGCUUCCUGCUCUCUAGGAGCUGCUCAUGCCUCAGUCAUCCUCACCCGAGACCACCUCAGUGUUCGGAAGCAGUUUGGAGAACCUCUGGCCAAUAACCAGUACCUGCAAUUCAAACUGGCUGAUAUGGCAACAAGACUGGUGGCCUCACGGCUGAUAAUCCGCAACGCAGCAGUGGCUCUCCAAGAGGAGCGGGAAGAUGCAGUGGCCCUGUGCUCCAUGGCCAAGCUCUUCGCUACAGAUGAAUGCUUUGCUUCUUCCCCCAGUCAAAGAUGUCUAAUCCCUGUCUCCCUGAAGAUCUGCAACCAGGCUUUACAGAUGCAUGGAGGCUAUGGCUACCUGAAGGACUAUGCUGUUCAGCAGUAUGUGCGGGACUCCAGGGUCCAUCAAAUCCUAGAAGGUAGCAAUGAAGUGAUGAGGAUGCUGAUCUCUCGAAGCCUGUUUCAGGAGUAGUACCCAGACUUGAUGUUCGCACGUGAUGGUUAAUGCACAACCCGAAUCAGAGGUUUCAUGUGGACUGUUAAGUUACAGAUGAAUCAUGGAUGAGACUGAAGGGCUGAGCUUUUCUAGGUGGACCCAAAGUGGUGGAAGCAGCAUCAGCUAUAGGAAUGGGACAGAGUCCUCAGCAGAACUAGAGGAGUUGCCCUGAUUGAGAAUGUUACAAGAAGACAACAACAAGACACUCCAACAACAAGAAGAUUCCUAAUGAAAAAAGGUGACCAGUGAAGACUCAUCACCAAGUCAGAGUCCUUUUUUGGAUCCAUGUUGUCCUGAUUUGUCUGCAUUUGGUGGUUCACUGAAUCCCUCUUCCAGGGAUCUGAGCACUUCCAUUGAGGGUUUUUCCUGAUGAUAAAGCAAAGGUGUGGGAAAGGAGAAAUGGACAAAAAAUGUCCUCCUAUCUUUUCUUAUGCUCUACUAAAGAUGCAGAAGGUUUCUGUGGGUUGCAUUUCCUUUGUAGUACUCCUGUGAAUGUAAGUAAUGAUAAAGUGAGUAUUUGGGAAACCUUACUCCUAGGUGAGAUUUAAGGUAUAUCUGCACUUGUACACUUUCUGAAUAUCAAGGACUGAAGUUAUUUGAAACUCUGAAUAUUUGUUGUUUUCUUUUUUAGAAACAUGUGGUCUAAAAAUGGUAUUUAAGUUUCUGUAACCCUUUCUGAUAAGUACUUUGAGCAUAAUUUCUUUCUAUCUGAGUUUAAGGAAAUGAUAGGCAUAUAGAAGAGAGAGUGACCUGGCAAAAGUGAUAAAGUUGGAAGGGAUUCAUAAACAAGGUAGAAAUUAAAAUUAAACUUUUAUGAAAACGUGUAAUACAUAAAGAGAACCAAGAAAGUCAGUUUUAGACAGGAAGGAACCAGGAGCAGGAAAAGUGCAGAAUUUGUAUGGGACCUGUUUGCAACUUUGUUUUGUUGUGCUUUGGACUUGGCUUGGGAUGGAAAGAAAAUGUAAGUUGAAUCUGGAUGGAGAGUUAUGAAAACCAAAGUGUGGGUUUUAUCUCCUAAUUGGAGAAACUGUGAGAAGGUUUUUAAUGAAGAUAUGUUGAGAUAAUUUGUCGGUAAGAACGUUCUUGGAAUACACAUGCAGAAUGAACAUGAGUAGAGAAAGACAAGAUAAGGCAUGUCCAGUCUGUAGGUUCUGGAAGUAAUUAAGGUCUGAGGAAAUUGAGCUCAAGCUUGAAAGGUAAAGAAAAGAGGAGAAGUGAGCAGAUACAGACCCAUGCUUAGAAUGUUUGCUGUGGAACAUGGAACAUGAGGGUCUCCCUGGUAAUUGGGCUGCUUUCUAGCAUUUACUUCUAAGGCUUCUGUUCAGAUUUGAAGCAAAAAUAGGUGUUGUAUUAAUGUCUUUCUAUUUGUGUCCCUCAUAAGAGAAUGAUGAGAUGCUAUUACUACAAAUGCAACCCGCACUGUCACCCAUCAUUACUAUUCAGAGUUCAGUUUCCCGGCAGCCUAGCAAGGGACUUGACCUCUGUGACAAGAAGUUAGGGACAUUUCAAGCUAAUUUCUAUCACUGUUUAUUUUGCUGUUCCAUAGAUGAAGCCAAAAGGAGCAGAACAAAUAUGUCUUAAGGAAAAACCUGUGCCAGGUGCUAUGUUAGGUGCAGGAUAUACACGGAUAAGCAAACACAACUUAACUUGGAUGGACUUACAGGCCCGGAAGGCUAGAAAUUAGAUAACAUAAAUUCAGUAUGUGGUAGCAAAAACAAACACAUUUACUAAGUACACUGGGGCACAAGUAGUGUUGUGGCUCUAUAUGAUGGCCUCAAUGAAAAUUGGAUUUCCAAGUUGGCUUCAUAAUUUCUUCAAACUAUCUCCCCUUGUAAUAACUCAUACAGUUAUUAUACAGGGGGAAAUCUGAUUGCUCUGAUUAUAUGUCCAUUUAAACAGAAGAAUGUUUAGGUUACCCAUUAAAAUUUUCAUCUUUUAUAGAUUCAGUAAAUUAGAAGUAUCUUAUUUACUUAUUUGCUUUAGUGCUUAUCUGGUUAUACUUUUAUUUUAAAAACACUUCUCCAAAGUACUUUUCUGCAGAUUAUCUCCUAUAUCUCAUGAUUUUCACAAGGAGCUCCUUGCAUGAGUAUUUACUUAAGAUAAUUGUGUUAAAUUGAUCUGAGUUGAAUUGAGUAACAACCGUGAUGAAAACAGCAACUAACAAUGUUUCUGUUCAGUUAAGAGACUGAACUAUGGAUUCAGGCUCCCAUAUCUGGAUUUGAUUGCUAGCUUUGCUCAUUAACCAUGUGACUUUAAGAAAAAAACACCUAAACUCUCUGUGCCUGUUCCCUUAUGUAUAAAAUGGAGAUAAUAAGGAUCCCUGCCUCUUGGGGUGGUUGGUGAAUCAAGCGAAAGAAUCCAAAUAAAUGGCUUUGAAUAGAGUA